CAAAUCGUAGCGACGAGAAAUCGGUAAAAAAAGCAGAAACGAAAAAUGUCGUUUUCCGCAUUCCUUGCGGCCUCCUCCUCUAGCAGCACGGGCACUGCGCAGCCAGGCGUGCUUGGGAAUCCCAGAGAUACGGCCUUCUCCUCAGCAGCAGCAGCCCCCUCGUCUUCAACGAGUGCAGCGGCAGCGGCCCAGCAGUCGCGUGGAAAGAGUUGUCCGUUGCGGCUCGUUGAAAAGUCGGCAUUUUUGGAAAGCAGUAGGAAGAAAAACGACAAAAGCAUGAACAAGUCCUCUGGUCUUGCUCCCGCAGCGUGCGCAGUCGCAGCGCCCGACGAUCAAGUGCACAUUCCGAGGACCGAAAGCGCGAACAAUGCUCCGGCUUCUACUUUUGCAGUUCCCGAUGAGCAGCAUGAUAUCCCGCCACACUUCCGUUGCCCCAUUUCGAAAGAAAUCAUGUUCGAUCCCGUAACCGCGGCUGACGGCCACUCGUACCAGCGACAACACUUGCAGCGAUGGUUCCUAUCCGGGGGCCAGCAUUCGCCCGUAAACGCAGCCGUCCCGUUGAUUUCCUCGCAGUUCAUGCCGAAUUGGUGGUUGAAGGCAGUGAUCGAUCGGUUUUUUCUCACUCGCUACGGCCUGGAUCCCGCGGUCGUGACAAGCCCCGGCGAAGCGGCGCACAUCUGUGGAAAAAAAAUGCUCGAGGUUCAGCAGGAAUUCUCGCAGGAGCGCGAGAAAACGAAAGCGGAGGUGGAGACGCUGCAGAAGCAACUACACCGGGCGCAGAAUGAUUUAACGCGCCGCGAGAUCAAGGAGAGUAAGAAACUACAAACGACGAACACCAGCAGCGCCUCUGUCGUGGAGGAAACUAGAAAUGAGGAUUUGCAAAAGCAGUGCAGGGAGUUGCUCGCAAACGUUGCGAAACUGCAACAGGACAACGCGAAGCUGCGCAGGGAACAGCUGGGGAAAUGGAGAACGGAAGUGGUGACGGACCUGUCAAAUCAUCUUCCGCAUAAUUUCUUUAGCGGGGAUGAGUUCAAGGGUCUGACCGAAUCGCAGCAACAGCUCAAGCUGAUCAAAAAUUUGGUCCAAGAAAACGAAAAGCUGCGGAGCGACGGAAAAGUCGAGAGUGCCCGUCUGCGCAGGAAUUACGAGGAGGAGGUCGCGCGCGCCAAACGCGCGGACCAAAUGGAGAUUGCGCGACUGGAGGGCAGGCUCGCGGUGGAGAGGACGGAAAAUCAGCAAGAGAUCGAACGUCGGCGCAAAGAACGCCAGGAUGAGGAAAAGCGAGUCGCAAACUUGGUCGCAGAAAUGUCCAAGCGGGAUGAGCGAGUCAAGAAUUUGGAAAGGGAAAAUUUGAAAUUGACCACGGCGGCGAUCAAAAAGGCCGAGAAAGCAGCAGUUGCAACAGCAUCGUCAUCUGGAAGUCGUAUCUCUGCUCAGCAUGGAGAUUCCAGUCACGACCAGCAAGCGGAGGAUCUUUUCCCCAUUCUCGAAGACUUCAAAUGUCCAAUUAUGCACGAGGUGAUGCGCGACCCGGUGACAACGGCGGACGGACACACCUACGAGCGCUCCGCCAUAGCCGGUUGGUUCAGAAACGGAGGACAAACGUCGCCGAUCACCGGCACCAAGCUGCAGCACCAACAGCUGCACCCCAACUACGCCCUGCGGAAAGCCAUUCUGGCUUUUCUGACGGAUCGGGCCAUUGCGGUCGAGGCGGCGCAGAAGGCGUUCUUGACCCGCGACUCUUACAAAGAGUCCACGCGGUUUCUGGCGCAGCAGGCGCGCGCGGCGGAGGCGGAGCGGAAGGAUCAUGGUGCGCACGCGCGGGAGAACGAUGCGCCGCGGACAGAAAAUGAGGGAGACGAAGUAAAAGAUGUCGUUGCGGCGCGUCAUGAUGGCACGGAUGCGAAGUUUGAAAUAAAGCAGGAGGAGCACCACAUGAGCUGUGCGGCUGAACAAGUGCCUUCGGUGCUCAGCAAAGAAAACAAGAGCGCCACCAGAAGCAGUGCAGCUUCCUCCGGAACUAGCGUCGUAACUUCCAGCACCACGACCGACUUCCACCAGGUGCUGUUUCGGCUGUUCGCGGAGCAGGACAAAAAUAUCGUGCCGGUGGAAUUGUUGCAUUCCAAAGUCCGCGAGGAAACCACUAUCACCAGCUUCCAGUUGGACCGGCUGCUUGUUGCGGUGCAGGCAGAGGGGAAAAUCUUGGUCGAGAACGGAUUUGUCCAUUUGGACCGGGAACGGAGCAGCGGAUUUGGUACUCGAAAAGAUCGGGUGAAGCUUGCAGGGGGUUCCUCCUGCCAUGUCUGCUCUGCUAGGUUGGGGCUGAAGCUGGAGAGUGCUUUGCAGAGUGAUGCGAAAGCAUCUUCUUCCGGUUCUUCAUCAUCCUCUAGUGCAGGAACAAGCAAACAAGCGCAAACGAGCAACAAGCGACCGCGAAAAGAGGCGGGGGAAGAGGAAGACCUGUCCUGUUGGAGAGCUGCGAAGCGGAUCUUUCUGGAACAACCUCCGGGGGGAACUGCGUCAGGCGAAGGUGCCGUGGAAAUCGAAAAUCCCAAAGCCUCUACUUCAUCGGAGGAGGAGACGGCGCAAGCGGGGCCACGCGGAGCAAACGACACGGGCUCCGACGACAACGAGGAUGAGAUCGUGAUACACGAUCUCAUCGCCAGGGAAAGCAGUGAUAGCGAAGACCGUGCCGGAGUAGAUUUCGACGAAGAUGAACACGAAAGGAGCGAUGACUCGUGGUCCUCUGCUCAGUGGGCGAUCGGAAAUUUUCCGGAUGCGGGGCGGCCGCCGCGCGGGUGGUUUCGAGACGAUGAAGAAGACGAGAGUCUUGAAGAUCGUAUUCGUCAUGAAAGAUUUGCUCUGUACUAGCAGAAGAGCAUAGCAGGCCGCCGCAGAAUCAGAAACCUUCGUGGAACUACAUUAUGUCAUGGACUAAGGUCGAGUACAAGGUCUAGCUCUUCCUACAGCACCAGCAGUGGCACUUUUGAUGUUCACUGUAGAACUUUCCUUUACUUUUGCUAGUCCUGUAGUUGUUCGGAUUUGGCAUUAGAUUUGAGCUUUCAUUUGAAAAAGAGAACAAUGAAUUGAGUUGUGAGCGGCAAAAACAGUAUGGAAUUAUUUCCUGCAAUGUACAAAAUGGAGGCGGACGGGCACGCUGCAGUGUCAAAUCUUCCCGGCCUUGUACAAUACAGAACUUGAUGAACUUUAGGUGGAAGCUGAAAUGCAUUAUGAUUUGGAAAAGUUGUUUAUUUUCAGCUGCAAAGAAUAUGAAAAACAAAAACAAAAAGACCGAGAGGACGCGGAUGUUUCAUGGAAGCGAUCCUUCCCUUUGAUGUUUGUCUUUGUGUGCGAUUUUCGUGCCUAUCCGGUGUCGAGAGAUUGACUGCAUCGAGAGAG